UUAACCGGAUGUUAUAUCUUUCAUUUCAUCAUUCCGUUAGCAUUAGCGUUUAGCUCUUAUACAAGGACUUUGUAGCUUUUAUCUAGUUUAAACAAAAGUCGGGAACAAAUUAACUCAUUUUUAUGUGUAUAUUUUCUACCCGAAACUAAACAGUGUUUCAGGUCGCGGAUCUUUGCGUCUUUAGCCGUUAACGCACGUGUAGCUAACGUGGCUAAGGCUAACCGGCUAGCAGCUAAUCCUGUCAGAGGGCAGAAGUUUGUCAGAUAAUGCAGAACAGACAAAUAUAAUCGUUGUAUUUAGGUGAAGAUAGAGGAGAAUGAGGGUUUCACUCGGUGUUAAAACACAGCAGCUGCUCAGCAGAGUCUUCAGUCCAUCAGCAGCAGUGCGAUGGCGAGCAGCUCAGACCAGACCCCUCUGCAGCUCCUCACCUGACGAGGAGCAGCCCAGACCGUCCAUGCUGCGACACCUGACCUCCAAAAUAAAAGCCACAGGUCCAAUUUCUGUGGCCGAGUACAUGAGGGAGGUGCUCACCAACCCUGUGACGGGUUACUACGUGAGGAACAACAUGCUGGGACCAGAGGGAGAUUUCAUCACAUCACCAGAAAUCAGUCAGAUAUUUGGAGAGCUGCUCGGCGUGUGGAUCGUCAGUGAGUGGAUGGGGGCAGGUGGACCCAGACAGCUGCAGGUGGUCGAGCUCGGACCUGGGAAAGGAUCGUUGGCCAGCGACAUCCUCAGAGUGUUCGGUCAGCUGCGCUCAGUGCUGGGUGACGUCUCCGUGUCGCUCCACCUGGUCGAGGUGAGUCCGGCCCUGAGUCGGCUUCAGGCCCAGAAUCUGACCGGGGACGGCAGCAGGGAGGCGGACGCCGAGGACGAGCCGGUUUACCGUCGUGGGGAAACCGCAGCCGGACUCCCGGUGUCCUGGUACCGCCGCUUAGACGACGUCCCCAGAGGUUUCAGCAUCUUUCUCGCUCACGAGUUCUUUGACGCUCUGCCCAUCCACAAAUUCCAGAGGACGGAGAGAGGCUGGAGGGAGGUGUUGGUGGACAUCGACCCGGAGAAGCCGGAGCAGCUGAGGUUUGUCGUGACGCCGGCUCCCACCCUGGCCUCGUCCACACUCGUACAGGUGAAUGAAAAGCGGAAUCACGUGGAGGUGUGUGCGGAGGGCGGGGUCGUCGUCCAGCAGCUGGCCCGGCGGAUCGCAGGAAACGGCGGGGCGGCGCUGAUCGCAGACUACGGCCACGAUGGAACCAAGACGGACACGUUCAGAGGUUUUAAAGGUCACCAGCUCCACGACGUCCUGGCCUCCCCCGGCUCAGCCGACCUCACCGCGGACGUAGACUUCAGCUACCUGCGGAAGAUGGCUGGAAGGGGCGUGGCCUGUCUGGGACCCAUCACUCAGAGGAUGUUCCUGAAGAACAUGGGCAUCGACACACGGAUGCAGGUUCUGCUGAGGAACUGCAGCGACCCGUCCACCAGGAAGCAGCUGAUCAGCAGCUACGACGUGCUCACCAACCCCACCAAGAUGGGCGAGCGCUUCCACUUCUUCAGCCUGCUGCACCACAGCCGCCUCGCCAAACCCAGGAGACCGGAGGGGCUGAAGCUGGAGAAGAAGAGCCCGGCUCCGCUGCCGGUGGCCGGAUUCACCGAGCUUGGCUUCUCCUGAGGCGUCUGGAAACAACCGGAAACUCAUCUGAAGUUUUCUAGUGGAGCCUGGGAGCUGGGACAGACGGUGCAGGAGAUCUGGGAGAUUUCUGAAGCUCCGAACGCUCUGAUUUGAAGGAUCAUGUUCUUAGGACAAUUCUGUUGUUACAGCUGUUUAAAAACGGACAGUCUCUAAAUUAGAGAAGAAAAAUAACGCAAGAUGAUGUGAACUGAAAAUACAGAGAAAUGUAAAAGCAUUUCAUAUAAAAAUGCAAAAAAUAAAAUUUUUGUGAAUUUUUUUGA